CGUCAAUUGCUCGUAAACGGUGUCUCAAGGUUAGCCACAGCAUAAUGACAGUGAGACAGCAAUGGCUUUCCCUUAUAUCAAUGGUUCAUGCAACUCAAAGAUCAUCUAUUGAUGCUGCUCCCGCUAUUGGAAUUGGUGUCUGCGUUUCUUCGAUUAGAAAUAAAAGUGCCAAUGUCAACAUGGUUGAGCACCACAACGACAUCUCACAGUCUACGCCCAGCAGACUUGGCAACGAUUAUACCAAAAGUACUUUUGCUAAAGCAUGCUCAGAUCAUUCUGAAACCCCAUCUGCAGCAAUCGUGAACUCCAAAGACGAAAAGCUCAGCCCUCUCCAGAAACACGUUCAAUUCUGGGACCGCGACAAUGACGGCAUCAUCAACCCAUGGGACGUCUACAAUGGCUUCCGCGAGCUCGGUUUCGGUCUCUUCUUCUCAACAGGCUCUCUUCUCAUCCCUAUCUUCUUUUCAUAUCCAACACGGCUCGGUCAUAGUUGGCUGCCUGACCCCUUGUUCCGCAUCUAUGUCAAUGACAUCCACAAGGCCAAGCAUGGUUCUGAUACAGGCAUCUUCGACUUUGACGGGAACUUCAGCCCCCAGAGAUUCGAGCAGAUGUUUCAGCGGUUCGAUACCUCAGGUGAGGGAGGUUUGACUGCUGGUGACCUCUGGAGAUUAUGGGCGAAGGAUCGCUGUGCGGCGGACCCAGCUGGUUGGACCUUUGCUUUUAUGGAGUGGUGGACAUCAUAUGUGCUUCUCCAAGAGGAUGGGGUCGUGAAAAAAGAUGACCUGAGAGCCUGUUAUGACGGAAGCCUGUUUUGGAGGAUCAGAGACGAGAGAGAGAGAAGCAGCGAGUACAUGGGUAGAAAGAGCUUUGGCAUGAGAAACUUCUUUGCUUCAAUCUAGCAGGCUCUCGAAAAACAUAGCCUCAAUUCCUUCAACGAGAUCGUCUACAAGCCCCAUGGAGUCAACUAGAUAGCAAAACUAGAGAAUACUAAUCUUCCAUCAAAUCUGUGAGUUGGUUAUCUCAAGCCCCUACUAACGUUCGAGAGAAUCGUCGAAACCUCAAACAGACUUUCGUAGAAAUGAUCCGGGAGACCUUUGUCGGAAGCCAAGAGGUUUUCGAUAACCUCAUCAGCACGACCAACUUGAGCCAGCGUGUUGUGAGUGGUUUCCUGUAAGAACGUGAUUCGUGUUUCUGCAUCUAAAUGCUUCUCUCUAAGCAUUUGGAUAUGGCGUAAGAGUCUCUGCCCUCGGCUUGAAUCUACGGGUUCUGAACCUUGCCAAGGGUACCGCGUCCGUGUUGAAGUUGGCGAACUAAAACCAAGACUUUGCGAUUGGGCUACAGGUGAUGGCAUCGACUUCUGAAAAUAAUGGUUGUCUGAUUGAAAUUCCUGUGCAAUAGUUGAACCCAAU